AUGGCUCUCCAGCAGGAAGAGAAGGCCACGGCCAGUCACCAGCGAUCUCAGGAGGUCGUGCGCCGUCAGCAGCAGCUCGUGAGCUCUCCCGGGAUGAGGCAGCUAGUUCCCCGAAACGAUUCAAGGAGGAGUCUGGCAAACGUUCGAUUCCCAGUGCACGGGGCCUAG